GUUGUCAGCGCUGGAUGAAAAAUGCAGUCAAGUGACGUGUUUUUUAAUGUGACACCAGUGGUACCUAUAUAAUAAUCGGGGAGCCUUUUUUCUUCUUUCUUUCUUUUUUUUAAGGGCUCAUCAUGACUGAAAUUAUAAAAGACGGUUACCUCUCUGUAAAAGAAGACGGUUUACGGGCGUGGAUCUGGUCAAAACGUUUCUGUGUCUUGAGAGAUCAAGCAUUGACCUUUCAUCGCAACGAGCAAUCAGGACAGUGUGUGGCCCUGAUAUUCCUCAAAGAAAUCACAUCAGUUACCCGAACAGAUCUGAAGCCUUACUGCUUUGAAGUAGCCACCAAAGACAAGACCUAUUAUAUCGCUUGUAAAAGUGAUGAAGAUCUGUACGGUUGGAUGGACGAGAUUUAUAAUAGAUCCACAGUGGGUGCAUCAGGUCCUACCAAUUUUGUUCAUGAGGUUCAUGUAGGCUUUGAUCCUCAUACUGGCGCAUUUACGGGUUUACCGGAUCAAUGGACGAAAUUAUUAAAAGGAUCUGCUAUUACAGCUGAAGAUGCAGCCAAGAAUCCCCAGGCUGUGUUGGACGUAUUAGAGUUUUAUACAGAACAAACCAAACGCGAAGCUGAAGAAUACGGAUCCUCCAAUUUACAGGGAGCUGUAGAACGUAUGAGUGAUGAUCGAUGGGCUGCUCUCAUUAGUGAAUCAGGUCAUCGUCCUGCUCCUCCUCGUCCUGCCCCUCCUCCACCACAACAGCAACAACAACAACAACAGCAGCAGAGAAGAAAUGAUAUGAAUGAAAUGAUGGAUGAUUUGGCUAUCAGAACUCCUAAAUCUCCCAUGAGUCCCCAAUACCCACCUAACGACCGCGUGCCUCCCUCCCCCGGAUAUGCGAGAGAUAACUACCCAAGUCCUGAACCUUCCCGAUCACAUGGAUCACACCGAGUCCCAGCUCGUACGACCAGCAUAUCUACCUAUGACGAACGCAUCAUGUUUGAACGUGAAAAGUUGGAACUAGAGAUGCGCGAACGCGAAAGACAGUUACGAGAACAGCAACGCGAAAAGGACCGAUUGCGCGACCAACAACUUCAAAAGGAGCGCGAGAAGGAACGUCAAAGAGAGCGCGAGCGGGAUCAAGAACGUGAGAGAGAACGCGAGAUUCGCGAUCGUGAAAGAGAGAAGGCCGCACAAUUGGUUUCUGCGCCUCAACAAAAGAAGCGCGUGGAGCAACGUAUCAGUACAAUGACAGAGGCCCAAGUGAUGGAGCAAUUAAAGAGUGUGGUUACACCAGGGGAUCCCAAUGAUCUUUACAAGAAGUUGAAGCGUGUGGGACAAGGUGCGUCAGGUUCAGUCUAUGUUGCGAAUGCGUUAGCUACCAAUACCAAAGUCGCUAUCAAGCAAAUGGAUUUGGGUCAUCAACCACGUAAGGAUUUGAUCGUAACUGAAAUCUUGGUUAUGAGAGAAUCGCAACAUCCUAAUAUCGUGAAUUACCUUGAUUCCUUCUUGGUGCGUAAUAGUGAUCUUUGGGUUAUCAUGGAAUAUAUGGAGGGUGGUGCUUUAACCGAUGUCAUUGAUAAUAACUCCAUGACCGAACAACAAAUUGCUACUGUCUGUCAUGAAACAACUGCAGGUUUAUUACAUUUACAUUCCCAAAAUAUCCUACACAGAGACAUCAAGUCCGAUAAUAUCUUAUUGAAUGCUCAGGGCCAAGUCAAGAUCAGUGAUUUUGGUUUCUGUGCUAAAUUAACAGACCAAAGAAAUAAGCGUGCUACGAUGGUAGGUACGCCCUACUGGAUGGCACCCGAAGUGGUGAAGCAAAAGGAAUACGGAGCCAAAGUGGAUAUUUGGUCUCUUGGUAUUAUGGCUAUUGAAAUGAUUGAAAAUGAACCUCCUUACCUUGAUGAAGAACCUCUCAAGGCUUUAUAUUUGAUUGCUACCAAUGGUACACCUACGCUCAAGAACCCCGAGAAACUCUCGCGUGAAUUAAAGGGUUUCUUGGCUGUCUGUCUUUGUGUGGAUGUCAGAUCAAGAGCAACUGCUGAUGAAUUAAUGGACCAUGAUUUCCUCAAGAAGGCAGGUCCUUUAAAUAUCUUGGCUCCUUUACUUAAAUUCAAGACAAAACAUUAAAACUUAUUAUUCCCUAUAUCUAUUCUAUCUAUUUAUU